AUGGCUGACCAUCACUUUCAGGUCAAUGCCGAAGCGCUUGCAGCUGAAAGAGUAGCCAGCAUACUCAGUCUCCGUGACAGCGUCUUGAAUGAUAUCCAGAAAUCCUCUUCUAGCAACGCGGCUUCGCUGGCUACAUUUGCUCGAGAAGGCGCCCGACAUAUCUACUUGGUUGAUUGGCAGAAGAAACAUAUCCUGGCUAUCAUUGAGACUAUCAAGGCUCGAUUCCCCAACACCACCUUGACGUUCAUUGAAGGCGACGCAGCGGAUGCCCCAUUCGUGAAAUCCGUCAUUGACAGGGUCAUCAACGAUGAAGGUCAUCUCGAUUUUUUCUUUGCCAACUCGGGAGUUAUGGAGCUUCCCGAAAAAGAGAAGGAAGAGAGGAUAGAUGAUGACCCCGGCAAGUUUUUGCCGGAACUCAAAUUCAUAGCCCUGAAAUACGCCUCCAAAGCAAUGUCCCUCACCUGUCCCGAACGGGGCAAGACCCUGCCCGGCGGCUCUAUCCUCCUCACCUCCUCUACCGCCGGCGUCAAAGCCCGUGCCGGGCCUCUCGCCUACUCGGCGUCCAACGCGUCUAUUGUGUCAUUCGCACAGACAGGGAGCUACGAGUUUGCGGGGAGAAAUGUGAGGGUCAAUGCGAUCUGUCCGGGGCUCAUUCAGACAGAAAUGACUGCACCGUUCUUGGUACCCAACCUGCAUGGGGAUAGUGGCACCCCAGCGGAGGGGAUGAUGAACCCUUCCCUCCGACAUGGUCUUGCGCAUGAGGUGGCAGAAGUAGCCGUCUUCUUGUCUUCUUCCAAAGCCUCGUAUAUCAAUGGACAGGCGAUCAACAUCGAUGGAGGCUGGACUGCCGGCAAUCCAUUCAUGCCUCGGCCCAUGUAA